AUGUUUGGUUUUCACAAGCCAAAGAUGUACCGAAGUAUAGAAGGCUGCUGUAUUUGCAGAGCGAAGUCCUCCAGUUCUCGAUUCACAGACAGUAAACGCUAUGAGAAGGAUUUCCAGAGCUGCUUUGGGUUGCAUGAGACACGUUCAGGAGACAUCUGUAAUGCCUGUGUCCUGCUUGUGAAAAGAUGGAAGAAGUUGCCAGCAGGAUCCAAAAAAAACUGGAAUCACGUGGUAGAUGCAAGGGCAGGACCCAGUCUGAAGACUACACUGAAACCAAAGAAAGUGAAAACGCUAUCUGGAAACAGGAUAAAAAGCAACCAGAUCAGCAAACUACAGAAGGAAUUUAAACGUCAUAAUUCUGAUGCUCACAGUACCACCUCAAGUGCCUCUCCCGCUCAGUCUCCUUGUUACAGUAAUCAGUCAGAUGACGGCUCAGAUACAGAGGUGGCUUCGGGCUCCAGCAGAACGCCGGUUUUUUCCUUUUUAGAUCUCACAUACUGGAAAAGACAGAAAAUAUGUUGUGGGAUCAUCUAUAAAGGCCGUUUUGGGGAAGUCCUCAUCGACACGCACCUCUUCAAGCCCUGCUGCAGCAACAAGAAGGCGGCGGCAGCAGAGAAGGCCGAGGAGGCCGGCCCCGAGCCUCUGCCCAUCGCCACCCAGGAGUGGUGA